AUGACCUCGUUGAUCGUCAAAGCCCAGUUCGGACCCAAUAGCUCGCUCAGUCGUAGAGUGACCUUCCCCAACUUGGACACCGUGAGUCACGGAAAUUGAGUUGCUGCUCGAUCAGCUCCAGCGCCCGGCAGGCGGCCAGGCCGCUCGCUGGACUGAUAACGAGGCAUGGUCGUCUGUUACAGGUCUAUAUCGAGGCGUUCAAGGAAAAGAUUCGACAAUGCUUCUCGCUACCCGAAGCUUUUCGGAUCGCAUGUGAGCAGCCACGACUCUCUACACUGCGCUGCCGCUCAGGGCGUAGACGACACGACACGACCCCCACAACAAGGAUCCCACCACUGAUCCAGGCUUCCCAUCCUCGCACACAGACCGCGACGACGAUGGGGACCAAACCGAGAUCUUCACCUCGGACGAUCUCAUCGAAGCCAUCCACUUUUUCGCCGACGAUGAGUCGGCCUCUGCGUACGACGGUGCUUCUUCCCCCCCACCGACCGAUCGAUCUUCACCGUCCACAUCGAGAAAGAAGAUCACGAUGAAGGUCUACAUCCUCGUUGAUUAUGCUGGGCCGCCGUUGAGCGAUUAUGGUGCCGAAUCGAUGUAUGGUGGGAAAACGAGGACUGAGACUGCUUCGGGCAGGGGUUCGACGAGUCGCUCGUCUAGGUUCGAUGAGGGGAGUCGGAAUGCCGAUAGUUGGAGUCAGGACGUUGGGAACCACCGUGGGUACGACCAUGACGGGGAUGCGCAGUCUCUGGUAUCCUUGUCGCAUUCUUCCGCAUCCAACAGGACGAAUGAACACGAAACGCGACGGAGCUAUGGCCAAGACAGGGGCGACAGAGGUCAGAUCUACGGCGGCGAUGACCACCCGAAACAGCCGACCUCGAGGCAUUCACCCUCGCGGCCGGGCAUCGAUCCUUAUUCAUACCCGUAUCCGAAUCGGUACGAACCGCACGCCUACCCGCUUCACCCCUCGGCAUCUCCAACCCCCUUCGCUCAGUCCGACUUUCCCCCAGCUCGAUGGCAACUCUCUCCACCGGCCCAGACCCCACGGAAUGCCACCGUCAACCCUUUCAUGGAUUCCGGGAGCGACGUGCUCUCGUAUGCGGUGCCCCCCGGUCGACCUGCGAACGUGGCACCGCCAUCGUACCCUUCCCGACCUGCCUCUGACAGCGAAUCGGUCCGGACGGCUUCCACAGUCGAUCAGGUUUCAUCAACGGGCUGGGCUUCGAGAGUCACAGGAUCGUCCGUAUCGUCCAAAGUUGCUGGCUCUACGGGAAAGCUCUUUUCGGCACCACCGACGUAUAUGAGUGGUAGCUCGAAUGGGUCGACAGGGUCCGGCCCCUCACUGGGUGAGCGUUCAGGUCGGCCACGGCACGGCGAAGAGGAGCAUCUUCUGGCUCGCCUCAACCUCAAUGAGGGCGCGAGUGGGAGAGGUACGGAGCGAAUGAUCGGAGCUUAUCCUUCUGAAGAGAUCUCCCCAGUCGAAACGCACCUCAACGCCCGUCUGCUCGAUAAUGUCCUUCCUUCCUCUUCGCAUACCAACCACACUAACUUUGAUCUCCCCGGAUUCCUCGCCGAUCUAUCUCGCUCGAGCUUGCCCGCACCUUCGGUCCUGUCGGCCGCGAGGGACGGUUUGUUGAGGUGUUGCGGUUGCGCCAAGGUUAUGGUCAGCUUUCGGUACAUCUGCGCGAGCUGUGGGCCUAUCUUACCGGAUGGGAUGGCGACGAGCGAUGAUGGCACUCAAAUUGGAUCAACAACUUCCGACUCUGCUUCAAACGGAAAGGUCUCGGAGCGGGAAGAGCAAGACGCGGCGAAAGUACAUGAGGAUCCACUUGGGGUCAACGUUUGGAAUUCGGAUGCAUCGAAAGGAAAGGCAAGGGCCGAGUCACCAUCUCAUCACCAUGACGCCUCUUCCCCACUCCAUACGCACCCGCACGAAGGCACGAGCUCCGACCUUCUACAACACGAAGAAGCGCACCACCACUAUGGCCAUGAUGAACGAGGCGGCUUCGAACUCUGUUCAGACUGCGUCGAGACCGAGGGCGUGAGGCAUGCGAAUGCGAUGAGGGCAUUGGAGAAAGAGCGUGCCGUUUUCGCGCGCAAUGGGAGUGGAGAGAAUGGGGAUCAGAUGGUUGCGGUGGAUGAGCUGAGCGAGACGGUGCGGACGAGCGUGUACAGUAUGGAGUUGUCGCAUGCUUUUGAAGAGGUCGUCAAGAUGAGUGCUACUCAUGGGUGGAGAGAAGUCGGUCAGUUCAAUGUACUGGGUCUUCAGAUCGUGCUUGCACGGCGACUGAUUUGAACGGGCUCCUUAAAUUGGCAGACUACGACGACGACGUCCAUUGCUCGACGUGCGGUACAGGUCCAGUACAGACCAAUCGGUUCAAGUGCCUUUCAUGCAGCAAGUUCGAGCUCUGCCUUUCGUGCUACCGCAACGUUGAGGACAUCCACCCUAUCCAUUCCUUCCUCACCAUCCCUGAUCGACCCGCACGGCCGAAGAUAUCACCCACCGGCAACCAUAGCUUCGGGAUGAAUAGUCAGGACGAGAGUUUCGGCUUUUCACCGCUCAACACGCGAGGGGUUGAGCAUUCUCGGUAUAUGCUGAAUGGGGACAACUCGUUCCUUACGAGUCCGACGACACCGUCAAGCUCGAUGGUCAGGCAUGAAGGGGUGGUGUGCUUUGGAUGCUCGCAGGAUAUUGUGGGGGCUAGGUACUCGUGUUCCGUUUGCCCGUCGUUCGAUCUGUGCACGCAGGUAUGUUCGGAAAUGCAAGGCCUAGAGUAACGGAGCCCUGAUGGCUUUGAUGCUGUCAAUGCAGUGCGAAGCGAAUGACCUCGGCAUCGAACUAUCGCAAGGCCGUCAUACCCCCGCCCACAUCCUCCUCAAGAUCAACAUACCCGUUUCUAAAUCCGAAGUAUUGGACGAAGCCGCUCAUCGAGCACAAAGUCUAACUCAUAGCCCACGGGUUAUCCAUGGCAAUACCCACGGACGACCUGGGCCAAGGUGGUUCACUGGUCCUCUAGCUACGAGAUCGGGAUUCAACCCUUGGACUCAUGGGCAUCACUCAUCUUUCUCUCCGAACGGGAUGGAUCUUCGACGUCAUCAUCUACAACUAACGACUCCAUGGGGUGGAUCAUCACCUGCCGGGUAUGCUCAUUCGGCUCUUGCGGGAGGAGCGCAGAGUGCGGCACAGCCUCCGGCUUGGUCGGCGGUGGUGCAUCAUGUACCUUGUCAGGGAUGUGGGGAGAGGUAUAUUAGAGGGACGAGGUGGACGUGCGCGCAGUGCCCGUCCGUUCCGUCCACUUAUGAUUUGGUAGGGUUUUCUCCAUAUAGGAUAGGGCCAGGUUGACGACUGACGCGUCUUCUGUUUGUGUGCAGUGUUCGAACUGCGAGCCCUCAUCGCACGACUUACAUGACCCACUACAUUGCUUCCUGGUACGUUUUAUUGGGUACCAAGGGCGUACUCGCAUACUAAAGAAACUUCUCGUCUUCAUGCCCGCCCCAUAGCGUCUAACCCAACCCCUUCAGAAGCCCCUCCCAUCCCUAAGUCAACUUCUCCCGAUCCUCUACGACCCGUUGUUCCCUCCUCCAAGGCGAGGCAAAGAGGUCACCGCGCGAGGAAGCGAUGACAGCUCCCCGACGUCGUCCUUAUCACCUCGCGAUCAGGAAACAUCAGACCCGGAUCACGACUCCGAUUCGUUGGACUCGGUGGUGUUGCACCGUCAGGUGUAUUGCGAUAUCUGUGACGAGUUGAUUCAGGGACCUUGGUUACGAUGUUGUGAGUUGCCUUUCCCUUCUUCGGCCCCUCGAAGAGAGAUGGGGCUGAUCAUCAAGGACCUUCUCUCCCCAACCCAGGCCACUGUCCCGCCUUCGACGCCUGUGUCGCCUGCCUCGAACGAUUGUCCCACCACGCUCCCCACGUCUUCGUCAAGUUCACGCGCCGCGUUGAUCUCCCUCUCUUAAGGGACUUGACGAGGAUGUCAACGCAUAAUCCUCAGCCUUUGUUGACACAUAGCGUUUAUUCGUAA